CGCUCCCGGCGGGAAGGGCAGGGCAGAGCGAGCGGAGCGGAGCCGCGCCGCGCCGGCCGCCCAUGCUCCGCGCCUGAUCCCGCACACAAAAGCGGGCCGGGAGGCGCCGGGCAGCGCCGCCCACGCCCCGGCCCCGGGCCAUGCGGGCGGCGUAGCGGCCACAGCGCCCGUCCCGGGGCUAGCGCGGGGCGCGGCAUGGCGGGGCGCGGCGGCGGCGCCCCCUGCCGGGCGGGCGGGGCGCGGCGGGCGGGCGGGCGCCCCGCGCUGGCACUGCUGCUGCUGCUGCUGGUGGUGGCGGCGGCGGGCGAGGACAUCAACGCCGAGGCAUGGCUGCGGCUCUACGGCUACCUGCCGCAGCCCAGCCGGCAGAUGUCCACCAUGCGCUCGGCUCAGACCUUGUCCUCGGCCCUCGCUGAGAUGCAGAAGUUUUACGGCAUCACCGUCACUGGUGUCCUGGACGAGGAGACCAAGGCGUGGAUGAAACGGCCUCGCUGUGGGGUCCCAGACCAGUUUGGGGCACGGAUGAAGUCCAACAUGCGGCGGAAGCGGUAUGCGCUGACGGGGCGGCGCUGGAGCCAGAGCCAUCUUACCUUCAGCAUCCAAAACUACACAGAGAAGCUGGGUCGGUACCACUCAUACGAGGCCGUCCGCCGUGCUUUCCGCGUGUGGGAGCAAGCCACGCCGCUGGUGUUCCGGGAGGUGCCUUAUGAGGACAUUCGACAAAAGCGAAAGAAGGAGGCCGACAUCAUGGUCCUUUUUGCCUCUGGCUUCCAUGGAGACAGCUCUCCUUUCGACGGCGUCGGUGGGUUUUUGGCUCAUGCCUAUUUUCCUGGUCCUGGCAUGGGAGGAGACACGCAUUUUGACUCAGAUGAGCCCUGGACACUAGAAAACGCAGAUGUGUCUGGGAACAACCUUUUCUUGGUGGCCGUGCACGAGCUGGGGCACUCGCUGGGCCUGGAGCACUCCAGCAACCCCAGCGCUAUCAUGGCACCCUUCUACCAGUGGAUGGACACAGAGAACUUCCAGCUGCCCGAGGAUGACCUCAAGGGCAUCCAGCAGCUGUACGGUACCACAGAUGGGCACCCUCAGCCCACCAAGCCUUUGCCCACGGUGACACCCCGGAGACCUGGCAGGCCAGACCAGAGACCCCCGAAACCGCCACCGCCAGGAAAACCAGAACGACCCCCCAAACCUGGCAGCCCAGACCGACCUGACCAGUACGGCCCCGACAUCUGCGACGGGAACUUUGACACCGUGGCGGUGCUGCGUGGGGAGAUGUUUGUGUUCAAGGGCCGGUGGUUCUGGAGGGUCCGGCACAACCGGGUGCUGGAUAACUACCCCAUGCCCAUCGGGCACUUCUGGCGGGGCCUCCCUGGGGACAUCGAUGCUGCCUACGAGAGGCAUGACGGGAGGUUCGUCUUCUUUAAAGGGGACCGGUACUGGCUCUUUCGGGAAGCCAACCUGGAGCCCGGGUACCCGCAGCCCCUGGUCACCUACGGGCAGGGAAUCCCCUAUGACGGCAUCGACACGGCUGUCUGGUGGGAACCCACGGGGCACACCUUCUUCUUCCAUGGAGACAGAUACUGGCGCUUUAAUGAAGACACCCGCUCGGUGGACCCCGGGUACCCGAAGCCCAUCUCUGUCUGGGUGGGCAUCCCUCCCUCACCCAAGGGUGCCUUCCUCAGCCCAGAUGCCUCCUCCACAUACUUCUACAGAGGCACAAAGUACUGGAAAUUUGACAACGAGCGGCUCAAGACAGAGCCAGGUUAUCCCAAAUCCAUCCUACGGGACUUCAUGGGCUGUCACAUGGACCCCCCUCCCCGCUGGCCUGAUGUGGACAGACCCCCUUUCAACCCUGACGGGGACGGGCGGACAGAAGGCGAGGAGGAAGAACAGGAGGAGGAAGAAGAGGAGGAAGAUGAGGAAGAUUACAGUGAGGGUGGUCGCCAGCCAGGCGGGGACGUGGACGUGGUGGUGCAGAUCGAUGAGUACACGCGCACCAUGAGCGUCAUCAUGGUGUUGGUGCUGCUGGUGCUGCUGCUCUGCAUCCUUGGCCUCAUCUACGUCAUCGUCCAGACACAGAGGAAGGGUGCGCCCCGAAUGCUCUUGUACUGCAAGCGCUCCUUGCAGGAGUGGGUCUGACCCCUCCCCAAACCACCCCCACCACCAUGGUGCUAACAAUGGACCUGACCUCCCUCUCCCCUCACCCGUCCCCACGGCCUCGUCCCCUCUUGCCCCAUUGUUGCUUGGUGGCUUCAGCCUCAGAAAAGGGGGAUGCCCACCCCUCCAGCCCCUCCAAAGCAGCCGGGCUGGGACCGGGGAAUGGUCACGUUGGGGGGGCUGGGGGCAUCCUGGUCCUGCCCACUCCCCAGCAGCUGUUGCCUUUCCCCAGCUGUGACCCUCAGGUUGCCACCCAUCAUGUUGCACCCGCCUCUGCCAAGGGGUCCCAGCAGGGUCCCUUUCUCCCGCAUGGACCCCCUGUGGCUGUGCCUGUGCUGCGCAGGGUGGUGAGCAGGCCACUCACAAGUGCUGCGAGCUGGCAGGUCUCUGCUGCCGGCAUCUGUAAUGGCAGAGAAGCGUGAGGGGAAGGGAGCGCUGAGCUCGCAGCUGUGUUUCCUAUUGAACCGCGGGCUUACGGAGAUGUGGUGCCUAAAGAUAGUGCGAGGGGGAGAUGCCACCUUUGCAACCGCCUGUGGACCCUGACAUCGGCAAAACCUUGGGGACACGUGUUCCUGUGGGCAGGGCAGUGGGCACGGCUGCCUUGUACGUGUAUUAAAUGGGUCGGGUGCGUGGA